AUGGCGGCGCCGUCUGGCGGUGGCCGGAAGCGCCAUCCCCUUCCCGUGCCCGAGAUGGCGGCGGCGGCUCCRCCGGUGCGGRCCGGGACCGGGASCGGGRSCGGGASCGGKRCCGGUGCCGGUGGCGUGGCRGCGAUGGCGCUGCGCGGCGCCGAGGCCGAGGCGCUGUUCGAGGCGCACACGGCGGCCGAGCUGCGGGCGGUGGAGCGGCGGCUGCGCGCCGGCAUCGAGCAGAAACGGGAGGAGCUGCGGCAGAUGGUGGGCGAGCGCUACCGCGACCUGAUCGAGGCGGCCGACACCAUCGCCGAGAUGCGGCGGAGCGCCGAGCGCCUGCUGGGCGCCGUGCGGGGGCUGCAGCGGGGCGGCGCGGCCCGGCCCGGUCCCGUCAGCGCGGUUCGCCCACCGGCCCAGCAGAGUUUCUACGGGGCGGCGGCUCAGCUGAAGCUGCUGCUGGAGGUUCCCGAGCAGGUUUGGGGGGCUGUGGAAAUGGGUCGCUACCUGCCCGCGGCUCGGCUCCACCUGCUCGGGGCUCACCUGCGCCGGCAGCUGCAGCUGGACACCCCCCGAGCCCGCUCCAGCCCCAUCCUCGCCCGGUUCCCCAUCCUGCUGCGGCAGGUGGCGGCUGCCAGCCACCUCAGAUCCACCAUCCUGCAGGAGAGCAAAGCCCUGCUGCGCUGCCGGACGGGCUCGGACCAGGCGGUGGCAGAAGCYCUGUGUGCCAUCAUGCUGCUGGAGGACAGCUCCCCACGGCAGGCCCUGGCUGACUUCCUGCUGGCCAGGAAACUGGCCAUCCAGCAGCUGCUCAACCAGCCACACCACGGUGCAGGUAUCAAAGCUCAGGUGUGUUCCCUGAUGGAGCUGCUCACCACCACCCUGUACCAGGCCCACGCUCUGUUCUACACCGUGCCCGAGGGGGUGGCCCCGGAUCCAGCCCUGCCCUGYGGAUUGCUCUUCUCCACCCUGGAGAGCACCACGGGACAAAACCCUGCAGGGAGAGGAGGGGUGCUGGAGGAGGAUUUGAAGCUGAGCAGCUGGUUCAAGUACCUGCCGGAAUCCGUGGUGGAAUUCCAGCCGGCCCUGCGGACCCUGGCACACCCCAUCAGCCAGGAGUACCUCCGGGAGACCCUGCAGCAGUGGAUCAGCAUGUGCAGCGAUGACAUCAGGGCAGGGGUCAGGACACUGCUGGUGUACGUGAAGAGCAUGAAGGGGCUGGCAGGGAUCCGUGACGCCGUGUGGGAGCUGCUCUCCAGCGAUUCCAGCAGCCACAACUGGGAGGCCGUGUGCCGUCGCCUGCUGGACAGACCCRUGUCCUUCUGGGAGGAGCUGCUGCAGCAGCUCUUCCUGGACAGGCUGCAGACUCUGACCAAAGAAGGCUUYGACUCCAUCUCGAGCAGCUCCAAGCAGCUGCUGGCUGUAGCCUUGCAGGAAUUGGAAGUGAAAGGUGGCAGCUGUGCCCUGAACAAGCAGAUCCAGCUGGAGCACAACGUGGCCCUGUUCCUGUGGUCAGAGAGCCCCGGGGACCUGCCCGGGGACGCGGCGUGGGUCAGCGUGGGCCAGCGCGGGCCCUUCGCCAGAAGCGGGCUGGCCAUGAAGGCGCAGGCACUCACUCCGUGCGUGCAGAGCUUCUGCUCCACGCUGGACUCCAAGCUGAAGGCCAGGCUGGAGGAUGUCCUGUGCUACCUGCCCACGGAUGAUUCUGUCCCCAAGGAGCCCGCGGUGCCACCGCACUCUGCCUUCGACCGCUUCGCCGACGCCGGCACCGUGCAGGGGCUGCUCCGUGACCACUGYGUMACCUGCRUCCAGCACCUCCUGGGCUGYGUCAGGGAGCAGCUCCAGAGCGCCCAGAGCCAGCUGGACACCCCUGGGGACGCCAAGCUCAACGCUGUGCUCUUCAUGGCCAGGCUGUGCCAGGCCCUGCCCGAGCUGUGCCCUCACCUGCAGCGCUGUGUCCUGGGCAGGGCGGGCGGGGCGGAGUUGGCACCCAAGGAACCACGCUCUGCCAAGAAACUGGGCAAGAACAAAGCCCAGGAGGUGUCCCCYGAGCUGGCCAAGUGGCAGGGGGUGAAGGCAGAGCUCCUGCAGCAGAGCCUGUUGGCKUAUCAGAUCUGGAGCUCAGCUGUCACCAAAGGGCUGGUUCAGUGCUUCACCCACACGCUGCUGCUCGACACGGCUGGGGCUGUCYUGGCCACAGCCACCAGCUGGGAUGAGAUCGAAAUCCAGGAGGAAACCGAGUCUGGGAGCAGCGUGACGUCAAAGAUCCGGCUGCCUGUGCAGCCCUCGUGGCACGUGCAGUGCCUGCUGUUCAGCCUGUGCCAGGAGGUGAACAGGGUCGGUGGCCACACGGUGCCCAAGGUGACCCUGCAGGAGCUGCUGAGGAGCUGCAUGGCAGAGGUGCUCGCUGCCUAUGAAAAGCUGGUGGAGCAGAAGCAGGAGAAGAGGCCRGACAGCUUCCCCCUGACCCAGAGCAGGGCUCUGCAGUUACUCUAYGACCUGAGGUACCUCAGCAUCAUCCUGACAGCCAAGAGUGAGGACACAAAACCCAGCAGGAUCAAGGACUCCAGGCUUGAGAAGGUCAUCGACUUCCUGGAGGGACACAUCGAUCCCUUYGACCUGGAUGUGUUCACCCCACACCUGACCAGCAACCUGAACCGCCUGGUGCAGAGAACCUCGGUUCUCUUUGGCCUGCUGACGGGCACAGAGCACCAAUACAUGAGCCGAGGUGGUGCACUGAGCUCGCAGGAGCUGCACAACAUCCUGCCCUUAGCAUCCAGCCAGAUCAGGUUUGGACUUCUGCCWCUGAGCAUGUCCAGCUCCCGGAAGAGCAAAUCCACUGCCAGGAGCACAGAAAGAGUCCAGGAGCAGGCUGCAGCUCCUGUGCUGCCCAGAGAGGACGAGGCGGCGCGCCCGGGCUCCCUGUUCCGGCAGCUCGUCACCGAGGACGAGGAYGCGGUGGCACCGUCCCUCUUCAAGCUGGGCUGGCUCUCAGGCAUGACCAAGUGAGGCAGCAACCAAUAAAACUCUGCUCUGGCUGUUUGUCUUCACUGAGAUCUCUCUGUCCCCGUGGCAGGAGCGGUGGCACCUCUGGGAUUGUCAGUACUUCCCAUCCUCAGCCACAGCAGGGCG